AUGGCUGCACCGACACUGAUCGAGCAGCAAGGCCUGCGCAUAGCAGUAGAGGGCUGUGGGCACGGAGUCUUGAAUGAGAUCUAUGCUUCGGUUGCAAAAUCUUGCGAGCUGAGAGGCUGGCCAGAUGUCGACCUUCUCAUCAUUGGAGGAGACUUCCAGGCCGUUCGCAAUGCAUCCGACCUCAAAGCCGUCUCUAUGCCUUCAAAAUACUACGCUAUGCACGAUUUCCACGAAUACUACGCAGGCACUCGCGCCGCGCCAUACCUGACUAUCUUCAUUGGAGGAAACCACGAAGCCAGCAACUACUCGUGGGAGCUAUACUACGGCGGCUGGGCUGCACCCAAGAUCUACUACAUGGGCGCUGCGAACGUUGUCAGGCUGGGAUCUCUUCGUAUCGCUGGUCUGUCAGGCAUAUGGAAAGGCUACAACUACAAAAAGCCGCACUACGAGCGAUUGCCGUAUAACAGUGACGACGUAAGAAGCAUAUACCACGUUCGCGAACUAGAUGUGCGUAAGCUGCUGCAGAUCAGGACACAAGUCGAUGUUGGCUUGAGUCAUGACUGGCCGCGCAGUAUGGAAUGGAAAGGCGACUACCGACAGCUGUUCAAGUGGAAGCCAGACUUUGCGCAGGAAGCUAAGGAUGGCACGCUCGGGAGCGUUGCAGCUACAACUGUUCUGGAGCGGCUACGACCCCCACACUGGUUCAGUGCGCACAUGCACUGCAAGUUCAGUGGCGUUUGGCAGCAUGAAGGUGGACCAGAGCCAGCAGUACCCGAGACUGUUGCGAGCGAGCCUUCUGCGAUAGUAAAGAACGACGGCGAGAUCGACCUAGACAUUGAGGACCAUACACCGACAGAAGCGCCUAAGAACGACGCUGAAAUCGAUCUUGACAUGGGCGAUGAUGAUGAUGAUGCAGCACCAGUCAAGCCUGAGGAACCUGAGCAGACCAAUGGGCAAACAGUGGUUCCUGAUGAAAUGAGAGAUCUGCUACCGGCCUCCUUCGCGCGCUCAAACUUCGAGAAAGCAGAGACAUUGCCGUUCCCUGCAGACAUCACAAACAAAACGACUAAGUUCUUGGCACUUGACAAGUGCUUACCGAAGAGACAUUUCUUGCAACUGUUAGAAGUCACACCUCACUCACCCAGUAAUCUUCAAAGGCCACUGCAGUUGGAGUAUGACACCGAAUGGCUCGCUAUCACGCGUGUCUUCGCUGGCGAUCUGCAAGUCGGUGACCCAGACGCGCAAGUACCUGCAGACAAAGGUGACGCCUACUACAGGCCUCUCAUCGAAGAGCAAGUUGCUUGGGUCGAAGAGAAUAUCGUCAAAGCAGGGAAGAUGACCAUACCGCAUGACUUCGCACAGACCGCACCUGUCUAUAAUCCGUCUCAAGGCAUCCACGUUCAAGAACAGCCGCAAGAAUACGACAACCCGCACACGCAAGCUUUCUGUGAUUUGCUGCAGAUCCCGAAUACUUUCCACGCGUCAGAAGAGGAACGAGCACAGCGCAUGCAGGCCGGUCCUAGGCCAGAGGAGCAACGAUCUGGUAGAGGCGGAAGAGGCGGAAGUAGAGGCGGUCACAGAGGUCGCGGUGGUCGCGGCGGUGGUCGCGGACGAGCAAUGGCCUCCAAAUUCGUCGAGAACCUCGAAGAGGUCCCAAUCACACACCCCCACCUCAAUGUCAGUCUGGAAGACAUCCUCGCCGAAGAAGGUCGCAAGAGGUCCUCUUCUCAAUCAUCAGAGUCAUCCAACAGCAACGGCCGAUCUGGAAGCGAAAGCGCGCAGAGCCCGACACGUCCCACCCAUCAUGAGAGCCACCUAGGCUCGAUCAGACGCCGUGCAUUCACCCUUGGAAGCAAGAAGGUGCGCCGGGCAACCUGA